UCCUCUCUCCUUUAUUUUCGAUCUCUCUUCAUCCCCGCUCAGCAUCCAAAACCUCUUCCUUUUAUCUCAUUUUCCCUCUUUCAUUGUUGUUUCUGUUUGCCUAGUUGUCUAGUUGUUCAAUUAAUAAAUUUUGUUACUACCAUUGUUAUCUUCUAUGCUUUCUGCUUCUGUUUUCAAACUCUCAGAGCUCGUGUGACUACCAAGGUUGAAGAAAAUAAAUGGAAGUUGUCGGGGUUCUUCGAUAAGGAAGUUUACGAUAUCCUCAACAGAGUCGCCACCGCCACCGAAAACCCUUCCUCGAUCAUGGCUCCAGAUUUGGCUUCGGCUUUGACUCCUACUCUCGCGGUGCAGGACGUGGUGGAGUAUACCGAGACUGUUUUUGAUAGUGGAAGGAGCGCGGUAGCUGAGGACGGGCUGUUUUCGGACUUCGAACAGGACGACGGUGGGGGGAGCUUGGAAAAGGUGGAGCCCGCACUUGACGCCGACACUGAAAAGGCUUUUCCAGCUCCUAUCCCUCUAUUAGGGCAUGUGGAUGGAAAGCCGAGUGAUGCCCAUUUCUAUCAUCCCAAAGGUGUAACCAUGGAUGAUAAGGGAAAUGUAUACGUUGUUGAUAUCAUGAAUCUUGCUAUUAGAAAGAUAAGAGAUGCAGGUGUCACAACUAUUGCUGGAGGAAAGUUGAAUGUUUCAGGAUAUAGGGAUGGGCCUAGUGAGGAUGCAAAGUUCUCGAAUGAUUUUGGUGUGGUAUAUGUUCGACCGACUUGUUCCUUGUUACUUGUUAGUUAUCGAUAGAGGAAAUGUUGCUCUAUUUAUGAACUAGCUUAGAGUUGAUAUGUGCUCUAUUUAUGUCAACUACUAGUAACAUUAUCAUCUAAAUAACAGUUGCCAUUAUGAAAACUUAGGAAUUUUUCUUAUAAAUUUUGAUACGAAAAUAGUUUAUGCGGAAUGCAUAAGAAACAUAAUUUCGCUUUUCAGUCUUACCUGUGAAAUAAGGUCAUUCCAUUUCUUCAGAAAAAUGAAGUCCUAUUAUUUUAUUAAUAUGUAAAUUUUUGAAUGACUAUUAAGGCUGAUAUUAAAUACGCAGGAAAAAAAGUAUAAAAACAGUUUUAGAACUAAACUUUAUUCAAACAAAAAUGAAGGGAUUACUUUUUAUUAGUUAUUCUUUGGCUAAAUAUUCUUGAUGCUUGCUGCUUCAUUUCAGGUCUAGCAUCAGAGAUAGUGGCAUUGGAAUGAUCUGCAAUGUUUUCCCAAACACAUUGUCAAGACUCCUCCUUGCUCUUUGUCCCAACAUAACUUCAAGUGGAAUUCAGUUUUUCACGGCUCAACCACCUCUUCUUGAACUUAUGGAUUGUGGGAUGACAAUAUGCGAUCCUGAUUCUCAGAAUCCACCUUCUAUCAAAAUUCUGACAGUGAAGUUCCAAAUGUAUUGAACAAUAAAAUGCACCUUAUGUACCAAAAGCUUAUCAUCAAACACAACCGACUAAAUAAACUCAGCUUAUGGGGUUGUUCUGGCUUAGAUGUGAUCUCAUAUAGUCCUUAAUCUCGAGUAUGUUUCUA